UUGAACGUCAGAUAAACGAGUGGUUAGUCUUAUGAAUGAGGCAGCGGAAAUUACGGAGUAGACCUGCCUGAUUACUAUAGACCUGUAGCUGACUAGUAAAUAGGAUGAGUUCCCUCCCGGCGGAUCUACGAGCUGCCUCACAGCUUUCCUCCGAUUUCUCCCCAGGAACAAUUGAAACUCUGGAGCAAUCCAUCAAGCAGCGAAUGCGAAAGGUUCUGGUUGAUAGACAAGGACAGCUGAUGAUGCUGGUGUUCCGUCCAUUUCUCGCGGCCCUCGCAGAUGCUCACUAUGAUACAAGCCAAUCAGGUGCUAACACUGACGCUCUAUUGAAAGGUACGGUGAAGUAUUUAUACUAUGCAAUGAAGUUUCUCCACCAGCAGUCAGAACAGCCCGUUCGACAUUACGGAUGCUGGCUUCUGGCACGGAAUAUCUGGUCAGCAGCUCUCUCUCUCAUCGCGGCAUGUCAUCUGCCAGAUGUCGUUCAUUAUAUGGAUGUAGGCGAGCUCGAGAUUCAGAACUUUGAUAGCGCAUGCCCAACGUUACAGGGGUCAGCCAUGCCGAAUAUUUAUGGAGGACAAUUUAGUCAGAACGCUUUGGAUGCUUGCCAAGAUGCGUAUCGGCAACUUCGGCUUUGGGAUAAGGAGAGUGCAAGUCUUUCCUUUUGCGCGGAUCAGCUUUGGGCGUUAAUUGUGGAUGCUCAGUGGCAUGAGAAUAGGGCUGUUGGGAACGAUGUAAUUGGUUGUUAGCAAGCUUGGUCGCUCAAUUAUCACCUUCAAUAUCAUUUUGGGUGUUUUUAAAA